GCAAAACCUCAAUCUAACCGUUGGGGUUUCCCCGCUUUCUCAACUCUCCCCUCCCCCCCAAAUCCUCGCCGCCGCACCACCUCGGAGAAAGAGAAGCCCCGGCCGCCGCCGCCGCCGAGAGAAGCCAUGGCCACCACCCGGCCCAUCGCCAGCGCGGAGGCCUCGCCGGCAUCCCAGGCGAAGCGCCGCGGCCGGCCGCCCAAGGCCCCGCUGGCGGCCGAGGUCGAGGCGCCGAGGACCCCGUCGCCCGUGUCCCCGCUGACGGCCGCGGCGGAAGGCUACGAGCGGGAGCGGGAGGCGAGGAUCAAGGAGAACAUGGAGCGGAUGCAGAAGCUCGGCCUCGUCGACCUCGCCACCCGCUUCAACCAGUCCGCCACCCCCGCCGGCGCCGGCACCGGCACCGGUCGCGGCCGCUGGCGACGGAGGCCGGAGACGCCGGGCUCCCCCGCCGCCGCCGCUCCCAGGAUCAGGACCGCCUCCCCGAUGCCGGCGCGCCGGUCUCUCAGGUUGAAGAGCGUGGAGCCAGUUAGAUAUGUUGAAAUUUGCGAAAAGAAGGAGAAGGGUCUUGAUGGUGGAAGGCCUUUCUCUAUUGAGGAAGGGUGCAAGGAAGAAGUUUACACUGAAGAGCAUGAGAAGCUUUUAGGUACAUGUGGCACACCCUGGACUCUCUUUGUGGACGGUUAUGGCAAGGACGGUAAGCGCAUCUACGAUCAAGUGAGGGGCCAAACCUGUCAUCAGUGCCGCCAGAAAACUCUGGGUCAUCAUACAAGAUGCUGUAACUGCCAGAUUGUCCAAGGGCAGUUCUGUGGAGAUUGUUUGUACAUGAGGUAUGGUGAGAAUGUGCUGGAAGCUAAGAGCAACCCUAAUUGGACAUGUCCAGUUUGCCGUGGCAUUUGCAAUUGCAGCAUCUGCAGAACUAAGAGAGGGUGGUUCCCUACUGGCAAUGCGUACCGGAAGGUUGUCAGGCUUGGGUACAAAUCUGUGGCACACUAUCUCAUUGCAACAAAUCGAGCAGGAGCAAACUCAGGGGAUUCAAGCUCAGCUGACUCCUCAAACGAGCUGCCAUCUGCUGGCGAGGUCUCUGAGCACAAGGCACCAGUUGCCAAGCAGGAUGCUGAUCUGAGCAGCAACGCGAUGAAUGAUGCUGGUGAAGUUGAGCAGAAGGAAGGGAACAUGAAGAAGAAGGCAGCAGCUGUGAAGGAUGAAGCCAAGGCCCCGAGGAAGAAGAUCACUGCUGAUGUGGUCUUCAAGGAUGAUGGCAGGAGCGAGUCCGGGGUGACAUUUGAUUCUCUGGAACGUCACCAGGAUGUCGGCUGCGUCACUCCAUCUAAGCCGGAGCCGAAGAAGAAGAGGAAGUGGGUCGAAGCAAGAAGCCCUGACUGCGUCGCGAGCAGGCUGCGCUCCCGGUCUGCUCCCAAGUCAUGAGCACUUGAUCAUAUGAGGGCCGACGACUCCUUUUGCGCAGGCGAUUAUCUGUCACUGGCAUGAUUCUGGUUGGUGGUGUGUUUUGGUUUGUUAGUCGUCGUCGUUUAGUUGCUGUAGGUAAUUGCGGGAAGCAAUGAUGGAUGUGCCUGGUGUGGUGUGGACCUAUAUGACCCCUCCAUUUUGUUGUGACCUAGACGCUCUGGUUUAUCGUGUUGGCCAAAUCUCUA